AUGGCUAGCGAGGAGAGUUUUUUAGUGUUGGUGCAUUGGUCCAUUAAGAAAAAAACACACUCUGGUGUGAAGUUCACUGAUAAGGAUCCCCUCAUGCUGCGAGAUGACGUGAAGUACGACUCUUUCGUCAUAGAGAGUGACGAGGAUUUGAAAUUUCUGUUCCAUUGUCGUCGGCAGUUUCCCGAGGUCAGAACACCUGAGCUGUUGGCAAAGCUGACGCCAGGUACGGUAGCUGGUUCUAGUUCGAGACCUGUUGGUGCAUCUUCAUCCGUGCCUGUGAUUGCACCUCGGGACGAGCCUGUCGCCUCCCCAUCGUUCGCCGUUGAUCUCAACUGCAGUGGUGACGAAGAGGUUGGUAUCAUUGAUAGGGUGCCGAUUCCUUUACAGUGUGGAGCACCGGCUGGUAUGGAUGAUGCAUUGCCGAAUGAUGAUGACGAUGAUGAUGUGGAGCCGGACAUCAUUACUGAUGAUAGUGGUGAUGACAUUGCAGCGAGUAAUACAGCUGGCAGUGGUUCUAGCUCUGGGACUCAGCAGUACCCUUUGCACUUUUCAUCUUUGGAUUUGGAUGCCAUGAGACAGGAGGGAGUUCCUGGGGAACCUAAUAGAUUUGGUGCCAGGGUUACCCAGGGUACCGGAGGUCUUACAGAGUUUCAAGUUGGUCAGCAGUUUCAGGAUAAAAAGGAGGCUGUGUUAAGCGUGAAGACGUAUAGCAUCCGACGCGGGGUACAGUACAAAGUGGUGGAGUUCGAUUAUCGCAAGUAUCUUGGGAAGUGUACUGAAUUCGGGAACGGGUGCACAUAG